AUGGCGGACACAGGUUUUCGUUUUCCUCGUCGCAAGAAAGGUGCUAAAUCCCACCCAAAAGAUGCUCCAUUUCCUGUUCCCAUUCAAAGUAUCACGUCCAAAGAGCCUUGCAGUGAAAGAUGGUAUUAUUACACUGGACAUUUCAGAGAUAAUUGUGUGGUAAUUGAAGAUCUAGGCGACCUUACUUUUCUCUAUAGGAUGGUAAGUCUCCAGGGGUUAAGUAAAUCAUAACUUUGAGGUAUAUUUACGUUUACUUUUCAGCACAUUUAAUAUACUAGAGUUAAAAUAUGAAUUAACUCUAUGCCUGCUUAGUUCAGAUUCCUAUUCCAUUCCCAAGCCUUGUCUGAUGUUUGUGGUGUUGUUACUUUUAAACGGAACGCGCACUUAUACUGUGUUUUUAUGUUGCAGGGUUUCUUUGGUAAAGGUUUCCUAUCAAGAAGUAAACCUGAAUAUGAAGUGAUUUCAAAUAUUUCACAAAAGGCUUUUUCAAAGUCUGAAAAACUAAGAAGAUGUAAGUGCAGAGAACUGUUAAUUUUAAUUGAUCAUAUAUUAAAAUGUUCCGGAAAAAAGAUUACUAUAGCAUAAUAACUUUGUAACUUUAUUAUUAUAUAAAUAACAACUUUUAUUUUAGCCAUAUGUUUUCUAUUUCUCAUAGUACCACCAAAAGAAAGAGAAAUCAGACAAUCAAAGUUUCGAGUUAUAAAAAAAGAACGGUAAGAACUUAUUAACUCUCUUGCCACCUAAUAUUUUAGACGUUGAUUCGACUGCCAAUAACGUUAAGCUUGCUGCAAAUGCUUUUUUUUUUACGUGAUGGCUGAUAUGCUGACUUUUAACCUUUUUUAUUAUUUAUUUUAUUUUAUUUUCUUUUCUUUUCUUUUCUUUUCUUUUCUUUUCUUUUCUUUUCUUUUCUUUUCUUUUCUUUUCUUUUAUUUUAUUUUAUUUUAUUUUAUUUUAGUUUUUUCUUUGGAAGCUUGUAGAUGUAGAUGUACAACAAAAUUGCUUUUAAACCUUAUGUAAGUUUCUUUUGACCUAGGAUUACAUUAUUAAUAUUCAUUUUUUUACAUCGUACAUCUUUAAUUUCAAUUAUCAGGUUUAAAAAUCAUAAGCAAUGGUGGGAACAGAUAAAUGGUGCAAUUCUCACGGAUGAUCCUUUGAAAUUGGAGGCUGAAGAAGCUGAGGAGGCUGUAGAUACUUGCAUAGAACGUCCCCAACAUCAUCAAGAGAUUACGGUUGAUUCAGAAAAUAUUGAAAGUCUUCCUAAUGAAGAGGAUGGAAGUCCAUCUCCGAAAAGAAUUAAAAUGGACAUUUUUUGUAGUGAGAGUGAACUUCAUCAUGAUCAUCAGGAUGGAAGCUGUACUGAAGAGAUCAGUGUAAACUCAAGCGAUGAUGAAGAUAGUACCAGAUGUAACUCAGGGGAAGACACUGAUGCAGAUGUUACUAACAGAGAAUUGGAAGAGGUUGUUCAUGAUGUCAUGAGGAAAAGGUGUUGAUCAAGCCCUGAAUACCAUAUUAUUUCAUUCGGCUAUGUGAGAAGAGUUGUCCAGUAGAGCUAGGGUACAUGUAUGAACAGUGAAGUGUGAUUGGGGAACUGCUCUGUUAAUAUUAUACGUGAAAAUGUAAAGUUCAACCUCCCAUAAGCAACCACUUAAAAUGCAAAGAGUUAGUGUUCACUUACUGGAGGUGGUUGCUUACAAGAAAUAUUGAACUACAUAGGCUCUCUCCAAGAAAUGGUUCUGACACAUGUGCUUUUUGGAAGAGAAAUAAUUGCAAGCAAUUUCUAAGUUUGAUAUAUUUGUAGUUCCAUGUUGGCAUUGAAAGUUUUUUUGCAUACUCAGAGUGGCUUAAGUACAUUUUAGCAAAAAAAGAGACUUCACCAAUGCAGAAAGUGGGCUCUUACAAGUGGUUAAAAAAUGGAAAAUUUUUCAAUCGUGAGCCCCAGAAGUGUUUGUGAUUGCUUAGGAGAGUUGGUCGUUUACAAGAGGUUCUAACUUUAAUAGGGCUUUGACUGCGAAAAAUUUGGUCUUUUGGAGAAGUAGUCGCUUAUGGGAGGUGGAUGAUCACUUAAAUAGUACAGGUGUAAUAUUGAUCUAUUGUCUUUCAAACCAGUAGUCAAAACAAGUCUGAUAAAGUGAAUGAAGAUACCAAACAAACACAAAUUAAAAGCAAAGGCAAAAAGCAAGAAGACCCUUACAAAGUCUUUGAGCAUCUGCAACUGAGUUUGGAGGAGGUUUGCAAAACUUUCAAAGUUUAUUAAGUAUUGCCUAGUUUCAAACCAAGGGAGAAGACUGGGUACAAUUCGCUUUAUUAUGGGAUAAACAACACGAGAACCUUGUAGUCAGAAAGAGCACAUUGAGGUUAGCAGCAUUCUCAAGUUUGGUGUUUACCGGGCUUACAAAAUGUAUACGAGAUACAGCCAUUCAAAAACUUCAGAACUUACUAAGAAAUAUAGAGAUGUCCAGCCCAGCACUCUAUACAUCUCUUAUUAAUUUUCAAGGUUUUAAAUGGCUAUAUCUUGACUUGUUCAGUAACUGCCCGAUCAACACCGAACUUUAGAGAUUUCUUCAUCUCAAUGAGCUUUUCCUGACUAUGUGGGUCUCAUGUUGUUUAUCCCAUAAUAAACUGAAUCAUACCCAGCCCUCCUCGGUUUGAAAUUAGGCAAAUAAAGAUUUAAUAUACACAGAUAACUGCUUAACUACAUGUAUAGAUCAAAACUUCAUGUACAGGUCACAGAUGACAUAAAACAAAAGACUUCUUUGUUUUCUGUUCAGGGAAAAAUCAGUGCUUGGUUUUGUUUCAUGGUUUUUGUUUUUGUUUUUGUUUUUUUGUCAUCUGUGUCCAGUACAUGAAGUAAGUGCCUAACUAUAAGCCCAAACAUAUAACCCACACUCUAAAACUAUGUGAGUUAUCUUGACUUAUAUUUAGGGUUGGGAGAGGAGACGUGGAGCCUGUUGUCUCUUUAAUAUUCUUGUUCAGUUCUGUAACUUUCUGUUUCAGUUCUGUACAUGUACUAUAGGUGUAUGUAUUAAACUCUUCUAGUUCUCCCGAUCCUUUUAUGUAUUUGUAUAUACUCUACAAUGUUUCUAAUUUUCCAGUCUUUCAGUGAGAAGAACCAGUGAAAGAUUACAACAUUAUCUGAUGCAAUUUGACUUCUAAUUCAGUUUAUCUUGUAGGCAUUUUUCCUCUCUUACGGACUUGGAUGCCUCUCAGUAUUGGAUAGCAAUAAGGUAGGCAGUAUGGCCUAAUAUUUUAAGGUGGUUAGCCUUUUAUUUGAUCAAAUUGUUAAUAUCAAAUUAAUUAACCAUUAUGUUUUGAUUUUUUAUAAUAGAAGCCCAUGUCCUUGAGUGAAAUGUGGUGUUCAUUUUGCACUGGUAAAAGAAAUUUCCUUCCAAGUUAUAUAACUUAUCACUACUUCAGAUCAAAAGGCUGGGUGCCUAAGAUAGGAAUCAAGUAUGCAACUGAUUUUGGUAAGAUUAUUGAUCAGAAGCACUUUUUGAAUACACAUUGUGCAUGUCUCAACAACAUCCUUAAGGCAGUUGUCUAACACUUGAGGUGAUAAUGUAAACCCAGUAGCAGGGGUAGGGAGCCCAGGAUUAAAAAAGAAAAAAAUAGUGUAAGGUUCAAAAUCAGCCAUUAGGCAACAAAAAUGUCUGGAACCUAAUUGAAUGAAUUAAGCAAAGAGCCUAAUUCAAGAGAUUCUUAAAUUUGCUGGAUACAAUAAAUAAUAAUUUUUUUGUAUAUUUGUCAUUAAAGUAUGAAUAUGUUUUUUUCAGUUCUUUACAAAGAGGGCAUGCCCUUUUACCACUCAAGGUAAGGGUUUUAUAAUUUUUGCACAUUAAGAACAUAUUCUCUUCUUUUUUUUUUUUUCUCAGUGAUAUCAACCAAGAAAGUAAAUAAAAUUUUAAAAUUUUAUUUUAAUAAUUCAGCCUAUGGCUGCAAGGUAUUAAGACAAUAAAGCAUCUAUCUAUCCAUUUUAUUAAUUUAUCACAUAUCUUUUCUUUCCUGUUUGAUUCUGAAUCUCUGUACAGCCACCCCCUCCCCUCUUAGUCUAUCUUGAGUUAAUUUCAAUAAAAUCAAAAUAGCAAGUGUACCCAUUUUCUUUCAGUUAUUCAGUCAUUGUCCAAAUGGUUGACUCACAAUCACUGGAAGUUGACAAAAACAGCAAUCCUUGUAGGCAGCUAUCAUGGCCUCAGUUGUGUGGAGUGAGUCGUGUCAGUGGUCAUGCUGCUAAGGUGAGACACCAAACUCUCACAGCUCUAAAUCCAUUUUUCACUUCUUUUCCCUUUCUUUCAUGUUUGGCAGCCUUCCUCUAUAACUGUGGUACGUAGCCCUCAAGAAUAUUAAGCAAACUGCCAAGGAGAAUCCAUGAAAUCCUAAACAGUACAGACUGUUACCAGCCCUGUCAAAAUGUAUUGUGGCAAAUUAAAGGCCAGCAAGAGAAGUAGGUAGCAAAAUAUUAAUACCAAGUCACCCCGGUCUACUGGAGGAGAUAAGCAGAUUAUUAAAGUAGCUGGGACAUUUUGACAGAGCUGUUAUUACAUAUACAUGUCUGUAAAUAUAGCCAUUACCUAAGAAGUGAGUUGCCAUUUUAUUCCCAUGUGUAACAACUAAAAAAUGAAAUUGAACUCAAAGUAUUUUUUACCUCAUGCAAAAGUGGAUCAUUCUAAUUAUAGUAAAUUGUUUGUUUUUAGGAAGUGAUGAUAUGUUAUGUCAUUAAACCAUCAGGUAAGCAUGUUUUCAGGGAAACAGCUUUCCUCUAUAAACCUACAAAAACUCUGGGCAAGGUGCAGACUAAUUAAGGCACUUCAAGAAUACUGAAACAUUUGCCCACGUAUUCUAUCUUUGUCAGAUACAAGAACAAGGGCUACACUGCAAAUUCUUUUAAAACAAAUGUUGAUUCAUUAAACACUAAUGCUUGGACAAUUCAUGCUCUUUUUUUGUUUCUUUUUCAUAUUAUUGUAAGUAGAUAUGACCAAAGAAGAAAUGAUGUCACCAAAUUGUAUCCCAAGAUUUAAAUUACAGGUAAGUUUCUCUGGUACAUGUAGCUCUGUCUAACCCUUAGGGAAGUAAGCCAUAGCCUGCUUAGCUCAGCAGGACUGUUAUGUGCAGGGUACUUUCUUUGCAGUAAGUGGAGCUGCAAGGGAAAUUCAAUAAUCUCCGCCACUAAAGCACAAACAGCACUCACCCGCAAAUCCCACCAGCUCUAUGCAGGCUAACUAAGCCUGUAAGGAGGCCUUUUUAGGUGGGGUUGGGCCAAGGAGGAGGGGGGGGUACAUAUGUCCCUAGUCUGAGUUUUAAAACCUAUGUCCCUCUCCCCAUUUUAACAUUGUACAGUGGAAGCUCCUAACACUCUAGUAAGCGGACAGCUCUACUUACAGCCUCCUGCCCAAGACCCUGCUUUUUGCAGGCUCCUCUUGGUACCUGCAAUCCUAAUCUCCAAGUUGUUAUUACGCAUGUGUCACUUGUAUGUAGCCAGCAUUUAGGACUUCCACAAAGAAUGUUUGGAAUUCACAGAAUGUACUUCGAUCAUGCACGUCUGGGACCCACUAUCACCUGUAAUCUGAUCACGCGUGUUUUGACCACCUGUCUCAUGAAACUUACACAAAGAACAGCCCCGGAGCAAAAGCAUUUUGUCGCCUGCACUCCGUAACCUUUACAAUUUACAAACUCUGUAUUUUUACAUCCCAGUAAGCAGCCAACUCCAGUUACAGACACCUUUUUUGUGUCCUGAGGGUGUCUGAUCACGAGAGCUUCCUCUAAGAUUAUUUGCUUUUUUGUCACUGUCACAGUUUCAAUCCAUGUUUGUGUUGUUUGUCGCAAAUUCAGCUGUUAUAUCGCUGUUUCAAGGCCAUGUCAUUAGUCAAACUUAUACCCUAACAGGACCUUAGUAAGCUAGUAGGAGUUUUGUAUGCCAUUAACCGGCUCUGGAUUCACUCUUACUAAUAAAAGGCUAGCAGUUCAAACACCAGCCUUUCAAUCUUUGUACAGCUGCCCCUUUUCCCCCAAUAAAAUCAGAAGACUCCUUCCCCAAUUUGUAUCUUGGUGAGGGGACAGCUCAACUAAGCAGGCUAAACUAACCUUAUCAACUCAGUUGAUAUCACCAAUGUUUGUGUUAAAAUAUUGUUCUGUCCCCAGAAAUCUACACUACUGUAGGUAGUAACAAACUCAGGGGCAGCAGGGUUGUGCUUGUGCAGUGCCUGGUUGCCCGCCCCUGGUGCCUUACUUUUGCUGGAUCAUCAUACGUUUCUGGGAAACUGCCCACCUACCCCUCCCCUAAGCAUUAACAUUAACACUCACUUCUCACUUAGGGGAAAUGUUGGCUUAGAGGAGGGAGGGAUGGGCAGUUUCCCAGAAAUAUGUAAUGAUCCCUUUUGCUCUUGGAUGACUGGGAAAUCCUAUGCUGGUCACCCUGAAUUUCACAGGAUUAGAGAACCAGCUUCCCUUUGAUUUUUCUUAUGGUGUAGCCUUGCAGGAUGCACAAUUUUAUUGAACUUCCUUCUGAUUUUUUUUCAACAGGAAGUUGUUCUUCGAAGGUGGAUUCCCAAAAGAGCAAGAGAACCAGACAAAGACAGAACUUAA